AUGCAGGUGAGUUAUCUGCCAGUAUCUGUUAUAAUCACCACAUUCAAGAAGGUGAAUGUCAAGCAACCUCUUGAGGGAUUUGGAGUUCUUAUACCUUCCAAAGAGCAGCAAAAUGGUUUGAAGACUCUGGGAACUCUCUUCUCUUCUAUGAUGUUUCCAGAUCGUGCACCCAGUGAUGUAUACCUUUAUACCACCUUUGUUGGUGGAAGUCGGAACAGAGAAUUGGCAAAGGCUUCAAAGGAUGACUUGAAACAGAUAGUAACUUCUGACCUUAGACAGGUUGGUGGGGUGCAGAGGGAGAGCCGACAUUUGUGA